GGGGGGGGGGUAUGAAACUUGCCCUCGCCUUCCGUCUUGCAAAGAUUGCUCUGCACUUCCAUUGCUUCCGUCUGGGGAUCCGCAAGGAAAGCGAACCUUGUGCACAGUUCUUCCCAGUCCUGAACUAGCUGCCUGUGAUGGUAUGUUAAUAGCCACAAGCAGUUUCCUAGUUUCGCAGUUACCAAAAGGGGGCAGCUGUUGCCUGCAGUGCAAAAAAUCAAAAGUGCUGUCAUCAUGAGCCUCUUGGUGUGGCUUACGUCCGCUUUCAUUUUUCUGUUUUCCCAAGCACUUGUGUCAUGGAGCAUCCAAGAACUGCACGUCAGCCAGGAAAUCAUUGAGAAAAUUUCAGCAGCUGGCCAGCUAAUGAAUUGCUCUGCCCCAGUUGAUGUCUUGUUUCUGUUCGAUGGAUCCUACAGCAUUGGCAAAGGGAGCUUUGAAAGGUCAAAAUACUUAGCAAUCAAGCUUUGUGAUGCUCUGGACAUCAAUCCAGGAAAGGUCAGAGUGGGAGCAAUACAGUUCAGCAACACUCCUCAUUUGGAGUUCCCUUUGGAUGCAUAUUUCACCAAGCAGGAGAUAAAAGACAAACUCAGGAAGAUUGUGUUCAAAGGUGGGAGAACAGAAACAGGACUUGCUCUGAAAUACAUUCUUCGGAAAGGAUUCUCUGGGGGCAGAAACUCAUCCAUACCUCAGAUCCUUAUAAUCCUAACUGAUGGGAGAUCUCAGGGCAAUGUGGCAGUGCCAGCCAAGCAGUUAAAAGAAAGGGGGAUUGCUGUGUUUGCUGUGGGAGUCAGCUUCCCAAGAUGGGAAGAACUGCAGGCACUAGCCAGUGAGCCGGCCGAAUGGCACAUCCUCUUUGCCGAAGAUGCUGAUGACGCCUCCAAUGGUCUGUAUACCACCCUUACAGAGUUUGCCGUCUGCAGUGCUGCAUUUCCAGGCUGCGGAGCUGAAUCUCACUCUUGCGAACGCAAAACACUCGAGAGAGUCAAAGAGUUUGUUGGAAACUACUUUUGCUGGAAGGGGUCAAAGAGCAAUAAUGCCGUGCGCACAUCGCUCUGCCCAUUUUACAACUGGAGGAACACCUUCAUCAAGUAUCCUUCUAGAUGCUACCGUACCACAUGCCCAGAUCCUUGUGGUUCUCAGCCUUGCCAGAAUGGAGGCACAUGCAUUCAGCAGGGAUUAGAAGGAUACCACUGUGUCUGCCCAGUUGGCUUUGGAGGAGAUGCUAAUUGCGCACCCAAGCUAAGUCUAGAAUGCAGCGUAGACCUUCUUUUCCUGGUGGACAGCUCAUCCAGUACCACCCUCGAAGGCUUCUUGCGCUAUAAAGCUUUCCUGAAAAGGUUUAUCCAAGCCGUGUGGAGUAGAGGGAGCCCAGGGAAUGUGGGUGUGGCCCAGUACAGCAACGAUGUCAAAAUGGCCGCCGGCAUCGGAGACCACCAAGAUGCGCUCAGUCUGGUGAAGGCUGUUGAUUCCAUGCAGUUCAGAGGAGGAAGCACCUUCACUGGCAAAGCUUUGCGGUACGUUACACAGCAUGGUUUUAAGAGCGGCCCAGUCUUUGCUGAUACACCCGAUGACCUCCCACGUGUGGUGGUCUUGCUCACGGAUUCAAAUGCUCAGGAUUCGGUGGCAGAGGCAGCCAAGUACAGCAGAGGCCAAGAUGUCUUCCUCAUAGGCAUUGGCAGCGAAUCGUUGAAAGCAGAGCUGGAUAAUAUUACAGGGAAUCCAAAGUGGACACUGAUCUACUCAUCCCCACAAGAUCUCUUCAACAAGAUUACUGAACUACAAAGGAAAAUAUGCAGCAUAGACAGCCAAGGCUGCCCAUCUCAAUCUAUGGACUUGGUAUUUGCUUUGGACUCUUCAGCUUCUGUUGGAAGGAAUAACUUUGUGCAGCUGAAAACCUUUGUCAGCAGCCUCUCUCUCCAAUUUGACAUCAAUCGGGAUGUGACUCAGGUAGGCCUCGUUGUCUUUGGGAAAAGGCCUCACACCACAUUUGGGCUGGACACACAUGUGACCAGCUCAGAUCUCCAUGAAGCCAUCAGUCAAGCUCCCUUUGUAGGUGGCUCUGCCUCGGUUGGCAGCUCCUUGCUCCAUAUUUAUGACGAUCUCAUGACUGUCCAAAAAGGAGCAAGGCCUGGUGUGAAGAAGAUUGUGGUGGUGGUCACAAGUGGAGCUGGAGUGGAGGAUGCCGUUGUCCCAGCUCAACAGCUACGUAAUAAUGACGUAUCACUACUGGUUAUUGGGAUGGAACAAGUUCAUGCGAGCUCAUUGCUGAAGAUUGCAGGUUCUCACAAUAAUCUCUUGAGGAUUCCUUCCUAUGAAGAGCUAAAAAAUAAUGAAGAACUUAUCCUUGAAAGAAUAUGUGAUGAGGCCAAGAAGCCAGCAAACCUCUGCAAACCCAACCCCUGCAUGAAUGAUGGAGUUUGUGUUUCUGGAAAUGGCAGCUACUUGUGUCGGUGCCAAGGCUGGGUAGGACCUCACUGUGAAAACAGAAUUCAGAGAAGUGACAUGUCACAGAUGCAUCCAGCAAUGGUCCAUGCUCCACAAAACCGACGCGGCUGGCGACAGCUGUCUCGAUCUCUCCAGCAUUCCAAAAGGCAGAUUCCAGAGACUCACUGACUACCUUCAGCUACUGAAAACAUUGUACGAAAGAACUGAAACACAGUCAGCGUUUGCAAGCAAUAAUGCUGUUGCCCAAAGCACAAGAGUUUUGCACAGAAUCACUUCCUGGUACGCCAAAUGAGGUGACCAAUAUCUAGUUUGUGUUGAUAUUAGAUAUUUAUUAUUGCUGUACUGACACUUUCACCAUUUAAGGUCAGCAUCUCUUCUACAGAUUUCAGUUUCUGUACUGGAUUGGACAUUCUUGGGAAAGUUGGUACCAUUUUAAAGUUCAGAUCAAACCAGCAAAAUGGCUAAGGUUUGAUUUAUAUUGUUUACACAAGCCUGAAUUUCCCUGACCAUCGAGAAAUUCCAGGCAUGCAGUGCUUACUUGGGUUUGGUUUCCUUGGGAAGGAGGUCACUGGAGGCUUAUGCCUUCUUUUAAUUAUUUGAAUUUAUUUACAAUACAUGCAGGUUAAAAAAAGUGAUAGCUUUAAGUUUAAGCCUUUAACUCCAAUAUAUAGCCAAAAUCCACUGCUCCCCCAUUGGAUCUCCACAGCGAAGCCCCCUCCAAAGGCACUUGCCUUCUGUGUCUGACAUCCCAACUCAUAAUGCAGUCCACUCACAGCUAACUUGCCGUCUGCCCCUGGAUUAAGGUGGAGGAAAUGAGGGUGGUUCAUUUUCUCCAAUUAAUUUUUCUAAUCAAUUUUCAAGCUUCCCAAUCCACUGGCUGUAAGAAUCCUUUUGCAGUAAAUUCUAUCAGUUUGACUAUGCAUUGUGCAACAAUGUAGAAGGCAAACAGGCCCACCUCAUGACUUUAUUAGGAAUGGCUUCCUUAGCAGAAUGCGCCCUGUGCUUGCAAAAGCAAUCUGUUGGCUAGCUCUGGGUAUUGGUUGUACAUCACUUGUGGUACAACCAACACUCAGAACUUGUGCCAUUCACGGUUAUUUUCUGUGUUGUCAUCUAUAUGGUUUUUUGGGUGGUUUUUUUUGCUCUCUGCAUCUUCUGUCUGCGGGAAGAAAACUUGUUAAAUUGGGCCUGACAGGCAUUUUUGCAGUUCUAAAGCGCCACAUCAGCAGCUCACCUGUUGCAAUAUUUAAUAAGCGUUUGACUUUCUGCACCAGCUUCAUUUCGUUAUGCCAUUCCAUCGUGCAGUAACUUAAUGUGAAAAAUAACUUGUUGGGGAAAUGCUGAUGAGUAAUAACAGGAAUUGGGUACGAGGUUAAGGUAGGUAUAAAGCUGUUU